ACACGAGACUGAUAAUUAGCCUCAUAAAUAUCAGAAACCCCGGCUUUCACGGGAGAAAUGAACUAGUAUAACUCCUCCAGAAUUAAGGUACCAGCACUAUGUAGCUGAAAAUCAUCUUAAUAAGGGUGGUUUGCGUUUGUUUUGGUGUCUAAGUUAGGAGUAUGUGAUGGUAACGAUAACCAACUUUUGAAACUUUUGCCACUGACUCUGUUAGCUAACGUUAGCUCAGCAUUAACGUUACUAACCGUUCUCUCCACCGUUACUCAGCGGUUUAUGAAAGACAAAUAAGUUGCUACAUUUAAGUUGUUUAACGAAUGCGUAGGCUUGAAAGUGUUUGAGGAAACCUCAGUAACGUGACCUGGUAACUGUCGGUGGUGGUUUGUUGUGGUGUGUGUGCCAUGGUGACACAGGGGUGGGUCUCCUCAAGUUUGCGGUUUUCAAGACAACCGACCCCGUUGCUGUGAGGUCUUCCUGUGAAAUCUCUGCAGUCUUUUUAAAAUCCUGCCUGCUGAAUCGACGGAAUAGAUGUAUCUACUUAUAAUGUGAGGAUCUGCAUCCUAAGAGAUCUCUUCUUCCUAAAGACUGACCUAUGAGUCCUCCUUAGCUGUACCUCUGGACUGUUACCAGCUUACUGACAUGACCUGCCAUCUGUAAACUUCUGUAGCCAUGGCUUUAAAAGUUGCCGUCACUGCAGAGCCAGAUCAACCAGAAAAGAUGCAGAACGUUCCUGUGCCAGGCUGAGACAGCAACUGAGUUCAGAGCUGAGAUCUGUAGGAGCCACCAAUUGGCUAAAAGGUGAAUGGAGACAAGAAAGACCACCACUGCAGGGGUUCUUUUCUGGACCCCUGCCCCUGUCCGCACCUCAAGCACCAGCUCUGUAACAUCUGAGGAUGCAUGGGAGGAUGAGGAUGAAGAACAGGCAGAGAAGGACGAUGACUUUGUUAGCCAGAUGGAUGAGAAUGGCAUCAUUGGACUGUCGGAAGCACUGGAGGAUAUAGAGUUGGGGGAUGCAGAUGCAGAAUGUAAUCCAAACUUGCAUGCUGGACCCCUCAACCCGGAGGAGGCCAAUCUUAGUAGGCAUGAGAGGGAAACGCUACCCGAGGAACUGAGUUACAGCCUGAGUGAACCUCUGUCCCACACCGAAUCAUCAGGAGAGGAUGUGCAAAUGCUGUCACCAUCUGAUGAGUUGAAGGAUAGCUUAAAAGCUUGGACAGUGGAAGAGGAGGUGAGGCAAAGGAAAGGAGAGCAGGGGAUGCAGUGCCUCUCUGAGAACGACAUGACAGAGGAGGAAAAAGAUGGAGUGAAAGCAGGGAUGAGGAGUGGCAAGAAGAGAAACAAAUAUGAACACAGCUACAUUUCCAAAGGAGGGAUUGAGAAGAUCAGCUCUAUACGAUCUUGUAGUGCUCACUUGCUAGACAUGGAAGCUGCUGGAGCCUCCAGUCAUCGCCGCCCAAUAUCCCAGCCUGCCUCGGCAGUCACAGUGCCCACCUUCCCUCACCUUCUCCACUUCACUGCUGAGGAAAUAGCUGCAGCCCCUGGGAUUGAAGCUGAAACUUUGCCAGAGAUGAGCUUCAUAGAAAGUCUUUCAGAAUCACACAGGAGCCACGUAAGCCUCAAGACCAGCCCUCGUGGUCCCAAGAUAAAGCUCAGGGCAUCUCUUCAGCCAGCAGCCAUGUUUUCUGAGGAACUCAAGUCAAAUCAUCUCAGUGGAGUAAGUCAUGGGCCUUUAGAGGGAUCAGUUAAAUCAGAUAAGCAUAAGAAACAGCCUACUCCCUCACCGAGGAAGAUGAGGCAGCGCUCUCCUGAAGCCACACAUUCAAGGACUCGUUCUGUUAGGGCAGACUUAAAAUUAAAACACCAGACCACAAGUCCUGAUGGAGAAUCGAGGACAUCCAGAGCCAGGAGUGAUGCUGCUGAAGUGGACGAAUCAAGAAAAGGGCCUCUGAGUUACCGCACACCAGACUUCUCCAUGGUGGAGCCCAAGGUCCAUUUCCCCAAAGGUGGUUACAAGCCCCCCAAGAGCAAAUGCUCUUCCAAGAGGGAUUCCCUGUCACCUGAGCCCCCCUUAGUGUUUAAAUCCCCUGCUGACAUUGUGAAAGAAGUUCUACUGAACACCACUGAUGGAUCUCCCGCCUCAUCAGACUAUGACAGGCUACCAACCAGAGCCCUCAACUCCACUGUUCCUCAGGAGUUCAGAUGCCGCCAGCAGGCCACCACACUACUCGAUCAGCUACAGGAGGACUACAACAGACUGCUGACUAAGUAUGCCGAAGCGGAGAACACCAUUGAUCGCCUGCGCCUGGAAGCCAAGGACAGACCUAUUGAGAUCCAGCGGCUAAGGCCCAGACAUUGUCACCACAGCACAGGCAGAGCAGUGAACCUGUACUCCGACCCCCCAAAGCCCGGCCACCCAGUGCAGUCAGGACUACACCAUGGCACUUCAAAGGUCAUGACGCUGGAUUUUCCAAGGGCUCAGAGAACAGAGAUCAACUCAGCCUCUCUUCAUCCAAAUGGACACAGCAGUCAUCAGAGAAGUGCAUCUGCCGGUCCUUCCACAAGAAGCCCGGAACCUCAGGUGGGACAGCAGCUGGCCAAGAUUCUCUACAGUCAGGCCGACAAGUUCCUCCAGCAGAUGCAGACUUUUGAGGAUCUCCUAAAGAGCGAAAAACUCAAACCUUUUGAACAGAUGAAGCUUGCUGCAGGGCUCGAUUCUUUAGAAAGGGGCUACCUGUUAGCGAGGGAUGAACACAAACUCCUGCAGCAGCGAGACGUGGAAAUCAACCACUUUGACCCAGAACGGGAGCUGGAGGGGCUCAUCUUUCAGUGUGGGCUGCAUAUGGAAGAUCUGAAGGAGCAUGUGGAACAGACGCGGCAGGAGCAGCCCACCUGUGAGGCUCCUCCCUCUCCACCUCGUCACCACACCCCUUUAUCUGUUCCCUCUGAGGGGGGAGAAACUCUGACUCACCCACAGAGCCCACCUGUGCCUUUGCUGGUUGAUCCAGGAGAGGCAGCGGUGGUGGAGGUGAGCUCAGCCAGUGAAGAAAGUGAUGAAGAGGAGGCAGAGACUGAGGAUGAAGAAACUCUGAAUUCUCUCUACCUCAAAGCUCUGAAUGGCAAAUACAGACGUGUUGAACAAGACUUCGUCACACUAACGGAUCACUACCAAAGCUUCAAGGAGCUUCCAAAACUUUUAGACCAUAGCCAGAGGGAAGGAGCUCCCGUUUCUGCUGCCUUAAGAACAAACAUGCAGCUUGGGGAUGAGGAGAAAGAAAGACAGGGUCGAGGAACUGGUAACCUGGAAGUACAGAAGAGUCUUCCAAAGAGGAAAGCCAAAUCAGAUUAUCAGGACUCUCUGCCUGUUUGCACCAGCAAAAAGGAGUCCAGAUCUCCUUCAUGCAAGGCCUCUGCCCAGUCAACCAUGCCCCGCGUUCGUCCAGCCAGUAGCAGAAUGAGGUUAGAGGUGGGAAAGCCCCACAGCAGCAGUCUGAGCAGUCUGGGAGACAUCACUGCACCGGAGACGAGGAGCUCCAAACUCCAUAGUGGAAACAGCAGCGGAGUCCUCUCUCAAGAUGGAAUCAUCUCUCCAGAGACGGACAGCGGGUUUGUCGGUUCAGAGAGCAGCCGUCUGACUCCUGCAGCUGCUCCCAGUCCUCUCCACCAGAGGGCCUCAGAGAGUGUUUCAGUGCCUCAGGAGGGGAAACCUGAGAAGCCUCAGACAGGCCCAGUCUCAGCACCAUCUCCUGCGUCUUCGCCGUCACACAGUCGCACUGCUAUGGAGCCCAAGGGGGGCUCCCGGCUCAGCCCCGUCCAUCCGAGGAGAACCAGACAGGGGCAGAGGAGACGCACCUUCUCCUGCUCUCCACAGCGCUGGGUCAGUCAGACAGAACAAUCCAAUGCAGGGACCAGUGAGUUUGGGCUUGAGAGUGACAGCAAUCACACUCUGUCUGAAGAUGGGCAAAAUAACCAGUGCAUAGAAUCUACCAGCUCCAGUCCAAGCUCCUCCCCCACUGCAUGGUAUUACCAUGGCGAUUCUCUCAGAGCACUGAGCUCCAGUCAGGGGGCCAAUCGCAAUGAUGCAAUCCAGACGCUGCAGACCGAGGUGACCAGACUGAAGGAGAGACUAGAAAGCUGUCUGAGAAAUAAGAAGCCUCUGAGUUCUGUGAGAGCAGCUUUAGCCCAGGAGAACUACGCUCACCUCAAUGCGUCUACACCUCGCGUCAGGUCUGGGGUGCGAUUGAGCGAUGCCAGCAGGGGAAGAAGAGACAGACAGACGGUUGAGGAGGUUGAGGAGUCUACACUGAGACGAACAACCAGGAAAAUACCACCUUCUACACGCAGACAAGAACCACAACCUAACAUGUUGACAGAGCCUUCUACGUCCCGGCCCCUGGUGUCCAGAUGUACUCAAACAUCUGCUGCAGUACCAGAAAGCUGUGGUUCCCACACAAAAGCAGUCCGCAGCAGAACACACCCCAGGCAACAUCCUGGUGUGUCUGUACAAGUGUCUGAAACAGCAGAUGAACCUGACAGCAGAAGUCGUCACGCUCCUCUUUGUCCUCAGUGUUUGUCACGUCACCGAGGGCGACCUGAAAACUCCCCCACACACACAAGCUACCAACCAGCCGAGACCCCUGACAGAGCAGCAAAGAGCAGUCACUUUGCAGCUGCAACUCCAACUGCACUGCUGCAGUGCAUGCCAGUGUGUCCGCCACCACUCCUGUUGUACUCGACGCCCCUCUACGUGUCUCCUAGCAACGACACUGGCACAUCCUCGGGGGUCAGAGGUCACAGGGAGGUGAGGGCGAGGACUAGACGCUCCAUGUCUGCUGACAAGCAGCGCUCUUUGGACAGCUCUCUGAACAGAGCCAUCAGAGCAGCCCGGCACAUGAAACACACCUCUAGACACAUGGCUCACUCUCUGGCUACUGGACUGCACUACCAGGAGCAGCUGACUCAGUCCUGCAGCUACUAGUCUGGUCUGAACUCACUUCCCAGGCAGAUUAGACCAAGCGCCAGUUCAGCUGCAGAAUGAGGCUGUCCACAUCACCAGGAGCCACAAGCAGUGAGCGCAUGACCAAGUGAAUAAAAAGUCGAAAGUCAUUCUCUGCUUUGUAACAUUCUUUGUUUCCUAAGUUUGGAGAAACAAAAUGCUGCCAAAGGUUCUUAUGAUGCAUUUUUAUUAUAUGUAAAUUUAUGGCAACAUUUAGGUCUCUGGGGGCCAAACAUGAAUUUAUCAAAAGAUAUGCUGGCAUACGUUGAGAUGACCAUAGUUUCGAAAAUGGUGUAGUACUGUAGAUCAGUAGAUGAUGUUGAUCAUAUUGAUUUUAAAGUUAAGAUAAUUACUUUCUUCUUCACUGGACAUGAGAAGUUAAAGCUCUCAAGAGUUAUUACUCAGUUAUUUUGAGCUAUUUAUUGAUCAUGUGUCUGUUUAUUGAUAAAGCAGUUGUGUUUAAGUGCUUUUUUAGUUUACAGAAAUCUAAAAAUAAAGUCACGAUUUCAGUGUUAUUUUAGCUGCUGUAGACAUUUUUUUUGUGUGAAUGCAGUCGCUCAUUGUUGUGAUGGAGUCAGUUUUGGAUUGUCAAACAAGACACGACCAUGGAUCUAUUUUGUAAAUGUCAAAGGCUUAUCUCUCUUUAUCUUUAUAUAUUACGAAAAGAGGCUGGCCCCCAAGGACCUGAGAUGCUGCAUAUCCUCAAUUAGUCUGCUUCUAUGUUGUUAGUCAUUUUCUAUGUAUAAACUACACAUUUUAAAUUGUGAAGUUUUCGAGUUAAAAUCUGUACAGUAUUUUAUCGUAGGAUUGCAAGUGUAACUGCAUGAGCCAGUCUACUGUAACUGAUUUGUUUUAUGUGGAGCAAACAUUUACAGACUGCAGUGACAAAGGUGUGUGGCUCUUUAUAUACAGGGGGGAACAGAGGAUUAGGACUAUUUUUACAGAAAAAAGUAUGCAUUAUAUUUGGUUGAAACACACCAUAGAACUGUCUGUUCUAUGUUGAAUGUUUUAAGUGAAUUUUAUUUUUAACUUACCAUUUUUUUUUACCAGUUAACUUAUCAUUUUUACUUUUGUACCAUUAUUUCUCAAAUUGCAGGUGCUGUUUUAAUUUGCAGGGAAGCUUUUCAGUUGUCCCUAAGGAGCCAAAUAAAGGUGGGAAUGAACAUUU